CUUGAGCCCUAUUCAGCUUUUUUUCUCUUCAAGCCUGAACCAAACAAACAAGCGACAACAUGGUUGUGUGGACUGAAGACGAGCGUGCUGCUAUCAGCGGCAUCAUGGGCGGCCUGCUCUACGAGGAUGACGGCCCCAAGGCUCUGUGCAGGUGUCUGAUCGUUUACCCCUGGACCCAGAGGUACUUUGGCGCCUUCGGUAACCUCUACAAUGCCGAAGCCAUCAUGAGCAACACCCAAAUUGCAGAACAUGGCACCAAGAUCCUGCACGGUCUGGACCGGGCUCUGAAGAACAUGGACAACAUCAAGGAAACCUACGCCGAGCUGAGCGUGCUGCACUCUGAGAAGCUGCAUGUGGAUCCUGACAAUUUCAAGUUGCUGGCUGACUGUUUGACCAUCGUCAUUGCCGCCAAAAUGGGAAAUAGCUUCAACCCAGACAUUCAGGCCGCCUGGCAGAAGUUCUUGUCUGUGGUGGUGUCCGCUCUGGGAAGGCAAUACCACUAAACCGAGACGCUCGAAAUGGGGAUUUGACAUGUGUUAUAUGUUUGUUUUCUCCAAAAAAAUAAAGGCCCACUGAAGCAAAAGAUAA